CAUAAUCAAACCCCAUCGAAAAUGUAUACGGGUCUGCUGCUUUCGCUCUCCGUGGCUUGGAUAUUGCUUCUAUUGCUCGUUGAUGGCAGUGCUGGCAAGCGAAAUUGGGUAUACGAACCACUCUCCAUAGAUGUCAGAUCGACGGAUGCAUCGAAAGUGCAGGUUGAGGCAAAGGUUGAACGCAUCGGACGCAGGGAUACCGCUUGUUCGGGCAAACUUGUAGUGAAUUGCGAUAUGGACGAAACGUUUAUGGUGGAGGGUACGAUUUAUCGCAGCUUUUCGGGCAACGAGGACGAUUACAAGCUUUUGCCCUUAGGCAUACCGAAGCAGACAUUUAAAAGCAUUGUCGAAUCGUAUUACAAGGACAUUAUCUACAAGAAUCUGGAGCACUGCUCGAAUAUACCCAAGCCGGAGAAUGCAUACCCCUGGCCCAAAGGCACCUUCAUUUUCGAUAGGUGCACUGUAACUGGCGAUGGAUUGCCCGAAGUUCUGCCCGAGGGCUACUACAAGAUCAACUUCGACAUCAGCGGACCAGUCGAGACUGGCUUAACAGCUAUUGUAAAGCUGACCUCGGAACAUGACAUAAUUGGUUAAGCCCAGAGACAACCCAAGGGCCAUGGCAUAAAAAAAAUAAUAUGCACAGUUAUCGAAAGAAUUAGGUUAGUUUCAACAGUAUCUAUCCGUAUCUAGCCGAGUGGUUCCAAGAAAACACAAGUUAUAUUUAAUAUACAACAGCUCUGCAAUUUGAAA